GAAAUUAACACCAAAGAAGUGGCCCUCAAGAUAAGCAAUGAAUUGAAAAAAUAUAGCAUUCCUCAAGCUGUCUUUGCCCAACAGGUUCUGGGCAGAAGUCAAGGAACAUUGAGCGAUUUGUUGAGAAAUCCGAAGCCAUGGAGCAAGUUAAAAAGUGGUCGUGAAACAUUCAGGAGAAUGUGGAAUUGGCUAAAGGAACCUGAAUCUGAAAGGAUGGCUCACUUGAGAUUAUGUGCCCAGAAACGACCUCGAGACACACAUUCGGACGAGAACGACACAUCGCCACCGGCCAGCAGCCAACAGCCUCCGAACUUUUCGGGCAAAAAACCUCGAAUGGUCUUCACGGAGAUUCAGAGGCGAACUCUAGUGGCCAUCUUUAAAGAAAUCAGACGACCCAGCAAAGAAAUCCAAGCAACGAUAGCUGAACAACUCGGCUUGAAAGUUUCAACCGUCGUCAAUUUUUUCAUGAACGCCAGA